UCCGACCAUCCUUCAGUGACCUCCAUCAGUCCUAACAGCAGUUGCUCUACUGGAUCGGCUGAUACAGUAAUCCUCCCAUCACCUGAACACACGACUCGGCGUUCUCAGUGUUGGCCUACUGAGUUUCCAAUACCUCGUUUUGCCUAUGACACAGAACUUGUGCUAGCGUCAAGAAAUGAAGCUUUCAAAAAGAAUGGAAUUUAUCUGGUAUUUACCUCAAUCCUCCCAGAUAUCCUUGAGAAAGUGGCUGAAACUGUCUUUCAGUAUGGGGCCUACCCAACAAAUGCACAAUUGUCUGAUGUUGCUUUAGCACUAGUUCAAAAGCAUCCUUCCCUUAAAGAGCCGGGAUCAUAUAAUGGAUGCUAUGGAUGGCUACAAAGACUAAAAUAUAAAAUGGGAAAUUAUAGAUCAAAACUGAGAGCGCUAGGAUGUCCUGAAGUUGAUGUGAACUCUAUCGGAAAGAAGACAGCAUGUGACCGAGCACCUGCAAAAAAUAUAAAAAAGCCCAGAAGGGCAGAGGUGAACUAUUUACCCCCUCACCCACAAGGAGAAACUGAAGGAAGCUUGGAAAAUGAGAGACUGAACCUGUUUGAUGAAGUAAACAAGAGGGACAACCAUCAGACCAUCACGGAAAAGAUGGCGAAGACUUUCUCCAUUCGUAGGCAAGAAAUCGUCAAUGAAGCACCAGCAGUCAGUGACUUAAUAGGCCGAUGGCCUGUUCUUUUUGAUGCAGCUCAGAUAAAUGAAGAAUUCACACGCAUCUCUACCAUUAACCUGGCCAAACUGGACCAGUAUUCCCCAAAAAUAAUGGCCUUGGUGUCCUCAGAAGGAGGGGCUGCAAAAAUAAAUAUUCAGCGAAUAAAGAACAUGUUGCUAGAGGAUGAUUCUGUGGAAAUGAGAAGAGAGGUUGCUAUUUGUGCCAUCAUUGUGUUCCUAAAAGAAAAGGAGGAAGACCUCUUCAAAGAGGAUGAUGGGGACAUUACCAACGACCUGAUGAAGAUGUGCCUUGCUAAUGGGGCUGAUCUACUCGCUCAACCUAAGCUAUCCAAGGGAGUUGAGGCAUACUUUUGAGGUAUUUCAAAAGAUAUUCCUUGAGCUGGAUGGUCUGAAAGCUAGCCCAAGGGUAAUGUCUCUAAAAAAUAGGCUGCUGUGCUAAAGAUGUGAAGAAUUAAGCUGCUGUCAUUGAGUU